AUGGCUAUGCAAAGGCUGUAUCUGAAAGAACAUGAAGGGAUUGCACACAAUUUUGUGGGACAAUUGUCGUCUGGUAAUAGUGGUUCAGCAACAGCACCAUGGUGGAGUAGUUUUGGAUCUCAGUCUGUUUAUGGAGAGAUUGGUGGUGGACAAAUCAAAUCGUUUUCAUUGGAUCCGUCUUUCGCGGUUGUUGACCAACUUGCUGGAAAUAAGCAGUCUGGUAGAGGAGCUGAGCAUGUGAUGGGGAAAGGGCAUGGCAAUCAGUUUACCAUCUUUCCAGAUGAUUUUAAAAUGUCGGGUGAUGCGCAAAAGCCUCAUACAGCCAUAUCACUACAGUCAUCACUCCCCGAUACCCCGACUCAUUUUGAACUAGGAUUUAGUCAGCCAAUGAUCUGUACGAAAUAUCCUUACGUAGAUCAGUUUUAUGGACUCAUUUCAACUUAUGGACCUCAAAUUCCGGGACGCAUAAUGCUGCCACUUAACAUGACAUCUGAUGAUGGACCGAUUUAUGUAAAUGCGAAGCAGUACCAUGGAAUCAUUAGACACCGGCAGUCUCGCGCCAAAGCUGUUCUUGGCCAGAAAUUGAUCAAACGUCGCAAGGGGAAAAACAUGCAGUGGCAGCCUCAAGUAGCAACGACCAGACUUCUCUACCGAAAAUGCGGAUUUCAUUAUGAAUGA